CAGGCCCCUAAGAUGGCGGCGGGGGAGACGGUGAAGGUUGCCGCCUGCCCCUCCGGGCGCUAGCCCGCGCUCUCCGCGUCCCCCGGCGGCCGGCCCAUGGCCUGGCGGAAGCCCGGACCAUGGACCUGCGCACCGCCGUGUACAACGCCGCCCGCGACGGCAAGCUGCAGCUGCUCCAGAAGCUGCUCAGCGGCCGGAGCCGGGAGGAGCUGGACGAGCUGACGGGCGAGGUGGCCGGCGGGGGGACGCCGCUGCUCAUCGCCGCCCGCUACGGCCACCUGGACGUGGUCGAGUACCUGGUGGACCGGUGCGGCGCGAGCGUGGAGGCGGGCGGCUCGGUGCACUUCGACGGCGAGACGAUCGAGGGCGCGCCGCCGCUGUGGGCCGCCUCGGCCGCCGGCCACCUGGACGUGGUGCGCAGCCUGCUGCGCCGCGGGGCCUCGGUGAACCGCACCACGCGCACCAACUCGACGCCCCUGCGCGCCGCCUGCUUCGACGGGCACCUGGAGGUGGUGCGCUACCUGGUGGGCGAGCACCAGGCCGACCUGGAGGUGGCCAACCGGCACGGCCACACGUGCCUCAUGAUCUCCUGCUACAAGGGCCACCGCGAGAUCGCCCGCUACCUGCUGGAGCAGGGCGCGCAGGUGAACCGGCGCAGCGCCAAGGGCAACACGGCCCUGCACGACUGCGCCGAGUCCGGCAGCCUGGAGAUCCUGCAGCUGCUGCUGCGCUGCAACGCCCGCAUGGAGCGCGACGGCUACGGCAUGACCCCGCUGCUGGCGGCCAGCGUCACGGGCCACACCAACAUCGUGGAGUACCUCAUCCAGGAGCAGCCCGCCGGCGACGAGGGGCGGCCGGGGCUGUCCGCGGAGGCCUCCCCGGCGGGAAGCGCGCCGCCGCAGGGGGCCCGCUGCUGCCGCUCCGCCCCCGAGGAGCCGCUUAGCGAUUGUUACGAGAGCUGCUGCCCCACCAGCCGCGAGGCUGCCGUGGAAGCCCUGGAGUUGCUGGGAGCCACGUACGUGGACAAGAAGCGGGACCUGCUCGGGGCCCUGAAGCACUGGAGACGGGCUAUGGAGCUGCGGCACCAGGGCGGCGCGUACCUGCCCAAGCCCGAGCCCCCGCAGCUGGUGCUGGCCUACGGCUGCUCCAGGGAGGUGACCACCGCCGAGGAGCUGGAGGCGCUGAUCACGGACCCCGACGAGAUGCGCAUGCAGGCCCUGCUGAUCCGCGAGCGCAUCCUGGGCCCCUCUCACCCGGACACCUCCUACUACAUCCGCUACCGGGGCGCGGUGUACGCAGACUCGGGCAAUUUCGAGCGCUGCAUCCGCCUGUGGAAGUACGCCCUGGACAUGCAGCAGAGCAACCUGGAGCCCCUGAGCCCCAUGACCGCCAGCAGCUUCCUGUCCUUCGCCGAGCUCUUCUCCUACGUGCUCCAGGACCGGGCGGCCAAGGGCAGCCUGGGCACCCAGAUCGGCUUUGCAGACCUCAUGGGGGUGCUGUGCAAGGGCGUGCGCGAGGUGGAGCGCGCGCUGCAGGUGCCCAAGGAGCCGGGGGACUCGGCGCAGUUCACCAAGGCCCUGGCCAUCAUCCUGCACCUGCUCUACCUGCUGGAGAAGGUGGAGUGCACGGCCGAGCAGGAGCGCCUCAAGCACCAGACCGUGUACCGGCUGCUCAAGUGCGCCCCCCGCGGCAAGAACGGCUUCACGCCCCUGCAUAUGGCCGUGGACAAGGACACCACCAACGUGGGCCGCUACCCCGUGGGCCGGUUCCCCUCCCUGCAGGUGGUCAAGGUGCUGCUGGACUGCGGGGCGGACCCGGACAGCCGGGACUUUGACAACAACACGCCGCUGCACAUAGCGGCCCAGAACAACUGCCCCGGGGUCAUGAACGCCCUCAUCGAGGCCGGUGCCCACAUGGAUGCCGCCAAUGCCUUCAAGAAGACCGCGUACGAGCUGCUGGACGAGAAGCUCCUGGCCAGGAGCGCCGUCCAGCCCUUCAACUACGUCUCCCUGCAGUGCCUUGCCGCCCGCGCCCUGGACAAGAACAAGAUCCCCUACAAGGGCUUCAUCCCCGAGGAGCUGGAGGCCUUCAUCGAGCUGCACUGACGGCGCCCGGAGAGAGGAGCUUCGGGGACGGCCGGGGCCGCGCGCGCGCUCCCGUCUCUUCGUGAGCCCUCGGGUGGCGUGACGGGGCCGGGCCGUCUGGCCUGCGCGGCCGCGUCACCCCGCGGGGAGGGGAGAGGAACCAGCCGCUCGUCGGCGCUCGAGGAGAUGCUCGCUGUUGCCCUCGCCCCGUCUGCCUGGGGCCCGGAGGCUUUUGCCUCUUUGCCUGGAGGCAGAGGAAUGGAAGCUUUUGCCUCUUGCCCUCCAGCAACUGGAAGAAGCUGCGGACGGGCCCGUGCUGCUCCGCCUCUACGUCGCCGGAGAAACCCAGCCCCUAAACGCAGCGUCGGGACUGGGGGCCUUUCAGGUCGAAAGCCGGAGAUUGGAGAAGCGAGACGGACUGUCCCUUCUUCCAGCAGCACCCCGCACCCCGCCCCCGGGCGCGGCUUCCCACGCUUUGCUCUUCUGGUUCGCGAGUGAGCAAGUUACACGUGGGGCACCGGAGUCCCCGGGUUUCGCUGCCGUGUUUUUUUUUUUUUUCUUUUUUUAAAGAAUGUGUGGUCAGAUUGAAGAAGUUGGUCCCACACGGGGAUUUCCGUGGCGCCGGAGAUGGCGAGGCGGUCGGGAGUGAGCCUCGCCGUGCGCAGGGGUGAGGCAGGUGGACGUCCGGGGUGGUGGCCCCAGCGUGAGUGUGUCGGCGCCGUCGUGGAAAGCUUCGCUCGUUUGCCUUCUGCUCGGGCUUCCCGACGUGCCGUCGACAGCCAGAGAGGCGUUUCCGGGCCGGCGUGGGUCCUCUGCUCGCGGAGCGGGAGCGUGGCCGGCUCGGCGCGCUUCCCCGGGUUCUGCGUCCGGACUCGGCGGCCACCGCAGCCCCGCACACCCCGACCGCCCAGUUCCGGCCAUUUUCUCUCUCUCUCUCUUUUUUUUCUUUUUCUUUUUCUUUUUUUAGCUCCUUGAAAGCCUGAGUCCAGGCAUUCCCGAGCAGAUUCCAAGGACGCUGUGGAGCCAGCAGACGGCCGAUGUCCACGAGCUGGGAGCUACAGAGUCUUGGUUUCCCAUCACUCAGGGUCUCUCGCGCCCCAGCAGGCCGCUGCAGAGUAGGGGACAGUCGAAGGGGACAGAAGCAGCUGCCCCAGCCCCGGAGGCGGGUCACACCCGGGAGAGGGGACUCCUAUCCGGCAGCCUGGGGUGGGGGUCGGCAGCGACAUGCCCCCCGCCCCGGUCACUGCAGGCUCCCUGGGGAGCCCGCCCCUCCGAGGAAGCUCGGCCUCGUUUGGGUUUGCAGUGUGAGUUAGGACGUUAUUUAUUUUCAGGGCCGGAUCUGACCUUUGGAGGGGGGAGACGGUCACUGGCCCUUGAAAGCACGGAAUAAAGCAGUGAGGCAGUUGA